AUGGAUGACACCAGCGUUUGGGUCACUUCGACUGAGAGCGGAUUUCUCGAACUCCGUUCCCCAGGGGGAUUCAAACUCUCCAAACCACUCUUGCUGUUCCAUCGUCCCCUUCCACGACUUAACUCAGACCAUCUCGUUCUCCAUCCCUCAGGUGAAUUCGCGAGAGCAACAUCGCACGAUGACUGGUGGUCUUACAAAGAGGCUGUAGGAGGAGGUUUCGUGCCAAGUCCUCCUUUCUGGGGUCUGGUUAACACAGCAUGGAGGAUGUGCUCUAUUGGAAAGAGACAGUCACCCCUUGAUGUCAAUGCGAGUUCUGUCAUAUUCGACCCUUUCCUCAAACCCCUGCGGCUCAGGACUCCUGGCAGGACGAUCUCUGGCAUUAUGUAUAACACAGGACGCUAUGUCUCCCUCCGAUUAGAACCAGACCAGUUGGUGAAUAUAUCAGGGGGGCCCCUAUCCUACUCUUUCCGGCUGGAGGAGAUUCGGAUUCACUUUGGGAGCGUCGACACAAUCGGUUCAGAGCACCUGAUCGAUGGAUCACCCUUCCCGGCAGAGAUUCAGUUGAUUCACUACAAUGUUCACCUUCACAACAACCUGUCUGAAGCCUCACAUUCUCCAAAUGGGUUAAUGAUCAUAUCUUUGUUCGCUAAGAUAGACGACAUUCCGAAUCCAUUCCUGAACCGGAUGUUAAGCCGGGAAAUGAUCACCAGGAUUUCAUACAAAAACGACGCCUGCUUUCUCUGGGGGUUACACCUGGAGCACCUCUUCCCCGACUCGUUUGGCUUCAUCACCUACCCAGGCUCCAUGACUACCCCUCCGUGCCACGAGACUGUCACUUGGAUUAUCCUCGAUCGGUACAUCACCAUCACCUCCGUGCAGAUGCACUCACUCCGGCUUCUCAGUCAGGACAAGCCCUUGGCUGUCUUCCAGAGUAUGAGCGGGAAUUACAGACCGGUCCAGCCCCUCAACAACAGGAGCCUCCGAACGAACGUGGACCCCCAUCGCAAGGUCAGGAAGUGCCCCAGGCCAACACGACAAACAGGCUAGCAGCUCAACGCUCCGAUUGACGCUCUAAUGCGUCCUUCAGGAAGACUCAGCCAAUAACAUACCCUCCAGCAAGAUUGAGAAAAACCUAAUUGGAACAAAAUACUGGUUAUAUUCUCUUUGGGUCACUCUCUCCCUCUCUAUCCCUCCCUCUCUCUGUCUCUCUCCUUCUGCCUCUCUUUCUCUCUCCAUCUAUCUCCGACUCUCUCUCCCCCUUUAUGUGUCUCUUCCUAUCUCUCUCUCUCU